CUGCCGUACUAACCACACAGGCGACGACUGAAAGAUGUUCCAACCAACUCAUCUCUGGUUCUAAGGAGUAUAACCUCAAUAUUACUUAAAAAUUUGAAAAGAUUUCAUAAACAAUACAUUAUAAAUGAUGGCAUCAGCAAGUAGAGGUGUACACUUGAAGCAUUUUCAACUUCUGACACAAUCACGGUUAGUGCAUACAAAUGCUGAUGUGUUAAAAGAAUGUAAAGGGGUAGUUAAUAAAAAUCGAAGGAGUCUUGAAUUAUUGAGAAUUGCAAGAAAGCCAGAAGGCUAUGUCUUGGAUAAACCAGGCCGAAACAACUGGCACAAGUUAGUUUUAAACAAAACAGGACGACACACUACUGCAGAAGUACAUCACUAUGAAAAUGGACCUAUUGUUUCAGUAUCAACCAAAGAAUGGGCAAUAAAAAAACAGAUAUACAAAUUACAGGAUACAUCAACUUACAUUAAUUUAGGGCGCAUACUAGCUAAUCGUUGUUUAGAAAGUGGGAUUGUAGCCAUUCAGUUUUAUGAUAAGCCUUCAGAAGGUAGCAAGGUGCAUCUUUUUAUCGAUGAAUUACAGAAAAAUGGAAUAUGUUUAAAUGAACCUCCUGUAUAUAAGCAUCGGCAUGUUUCUCAUUACAUUAGAGAAGAAAAACCAUGGGAAGUUUAUGAAUAGUUUUUGAUAUAAUUAUCAGUAGAUAUUGUUUUUAAAGCUGAUUUAUAAAUGUAACAUGACUAAUAAAAUAUUAAGUUUCUUUCGAA